AACAUUUACUAUUUAUCUAAUACUUUAAAAAUGGAGUCGAAAGUACGAAAGAGAGGACCAACAUUACAGUAUGUAGACGUUGAAGAUCAAGACACUAAUUUCAGAAAUGAGAAGAAACCAUCGUCACAUGACAAGUUCCACUGGGAUUUGUGGUUGUUGUUGGCUGUAGAAAAUUGGCUGUUUGACUUUGGACGACCUAUAUUUGCAUUAUUUGUGCCCCAGAAAUGGUUUCCAAUGAACUACCCUAGUGUCGGGGACUAUUGUCAUAUGGCUUACAAUGUUAUCACACCGUUUUGUCUACUCAAGCUUUUUGAAAGAAGCCCAAACAAAUCCUCAUCAACAUUCAAUAUGCUAUGUAUUAUCACAUUUGUUAUGGGUGCCAGUAUUCAUCUGGUAGGAGAUUCUAUUAACCACAGAUUAGUGUUACUGGGAUACGAGCUUCAUCUGUCAGUCCGGGAAAAUCCAAUGAUGCAACAGAUACAACCACCUGGACUGGUGGAUUCUUUUGAACUUUUAUACCUAUAUGACGAAGUUAUAGGUCAUUUAAUGUGGUAUAUUCCAUUCUUCAUCAGUUUCUUCUUAUAUUUUGUUGGUUGUUUCACUUCCAAAUUAACAACUUCAUCUUCAGCAGUAGCAUGGUGGUUGCUGAUGUUAGUCAGUGGAUUAUAUUACUGGUAUUUAGUGACUGAAGGACAAAUUUUCUCAGUAUACAUUAUAACCUUUAUAUGUAUGCUAGCAAUGGUAUUAAUUAGAAAGAGCCAAGGACAGAAAAUGGAUGUCAAUGGCAGAUUUCUUUUCUAUUCAUUUACAACAACAUUUGUAUUAGUAGUAGUAUGGGUGCUAUGGUUGUGGAAUGAUCCUAUUUUAAGACAUAAAUAUCCAGGUUUAUUGUACAUUCCUGAACCGUGGUCGUAUUAUACAUUGUAUAUAAAGCCGCAUUAAAUUGACUCAUUAAAAAACUUUGUUUUAUUGAGAUUUUUACAUCG